AUGGUUCCAAAAAUAUUGAAAUUCUCUUUCUUUUUUUCCUUUUCUAAAGCAGAGCUUGGAAACUACGGGCAAUCUGCUCCCCAGAGCUACGGGACCUACAACGCCCAGCCCGGACAAGGGGGCUACACGCAACCUCCACCCCAGGGCUACAGCCACCAGAGCUACAGCGGUUAUGGGCAGUCUACGGACACGUCCACAUACGGCCAGAGUGGAGGCUACGGGUCGUCGUACAACCAGGCGCAGACUGCAGGGUAUGGGAGUCAGCCACCCUCGCAAGGGUACAGCCACUCCGGCCAGGGCAGCUACGGUUCAACCGGUUACGGAAAUGCCCCGACAUCCCAGGCCUCCUAUGGGCAGCAGUCAUCUUACCCAGGCUAUGGACAGCAGGCGACAUCGACCUCUUCGUCUGGCAGCAGCUACGGGGGGACAAACUCGCAGUCGACCGCUUAUGGGCACCCCCAGGGAAGCGGGUACGGUCAGCAGCAGGGCUCAUACGGUCAGCAGCAAAGCUCGUAUGGUCAGCAGGGCUCGUAUGGUCAGCAACAAGGCUCGUAUGGUCAGCAGGGCUCAUACAGUCAGCAGCCAGGAGGAUAUCAAGCCCAGCAGGGAGGAUAUGGGCAACAGGGACAGUACAGUGGGAGCGGUGGCGGAGGUGGAGGAUCUUCAGGAGGAGCCGGAUACAACCAAGACACCAGCCCUUCCGGUGGUUACGGCGGCCAGGAGCCCGGCGGCUACGGAGGUCAGCAGGACACUCGGGGCAGGGGCCGAGGAGGCUACAACCGCGGCAGUGGAUUUGAGCGAGGCGGCGGAAGAGGAGGUCGUGGAGGUCGCGGCGGGGGCAUGGGCGGUGGUGAACGAGGUGGAUUCACUAAGUUUGGUGGUCUUCGAGACCAAGGACCUGGAGCACCAAACCCAGGAUCUGAUCAGGAUAACUCUGACAACAACACCAUCUUUGUCCAGGGGCUGGGCGAUAGCGUGACCGUCGAGUCAGUGGCAGAUUUCUUCAAGCAGAUCGGUGUGAUCAAGGUCAACAAGAGGACGGGCCAGCCAAUGAUCAACCUGUACACGGACCGUGAGACCGGCAAGCUGAAGGGGGAGGCGACAGUUUCCUUUGAUGACCCUCCUUCCGCCAAGGCAGCCAUCGACUGGUUCGACGGGAAGGAAUUUAACGGUAAUAUGAUCAAGGUGUCCUUUGCCACGCGGCGGACGGAGUUCAGUCGGGGCGGCAUGAGAGGGGGUGGAGGAGGAGGAAGAGGUGGCGGAGGCGGCCGAGGUGCACCAAUGGGUCGUGGAGGAUAUGGUGGUGGUGGAGGUGGAGGUCCUCGUGGUGGGUUCUCCAGUGGUGGCGGAGGAGGAGGAGGAGGCGGCGGUGGUUCGGGUGGCGGUCAGCAGCGAGCCGGGGACUGGAAGUGCACCAAUCCGACGUGCGGCAAUAUCAAUUUCUCCUGGAGGAACGAGUGUAACCAGUGCAAGUCCGCAAAGCCCGAAGGAGCUGGAGGCCCCCCACCAAUGGGUGGAUUUGGAGGCGACCGUGGUGGUGGUGGUGAGCGUGGAAGCCGUGGUGGAUUUGACCGCGGUGGAUUCCGGGGCCGCGGUGGGGACCGAGGCGGUUUCCGUGGCCGAGGUGGAGACCGAGGUGGUUAUGGCAUGGGGGCUGGUAAAAUGGACUCCAGGAGUGACCACAGGCAGGAUCGGCGAGAGCGGCCCUAUUAGAUCGUGUACAUAUUCAUUGGGACCAUGGGAUUUCUACCUUCCGUUUUUUAAUUUGAUAAUACCGUUCCUGUGUCGGUAUGUGCUGUGAACUGUCUAAUAACCAUUGCAUUGUGUGAGAGGAGCCGGGUUUUUUUUUUUUUGUUUAUUUUUUUGUAUCGGUUGGAUUUUACCUGUAUUUUCGCAAAAGUUGACAUUAAAGCUUCCAAAUGUUUUAACAA